AUGGCAGAACUCCAAUCCUCACUGACACGAUACGCGAAGAAACCUCUCUUUCAACGAUUACAGUACUUCCUCCGAAUUCAUGCCUUCAGGACUUUUACCAGAAUAUAUUUUCGGGUGAUCAACUUGCCUGUCAUCCGCGAUAAUUCAAUCCUACCUACCUUCACGAAAGUAUAUCCUUGCCGACCAACCCUCACAAAUCGCGUCUUUAUACCAAAAUCAUACAAGCCCGACGAUGCCCUUCUACCUCUCUACCUCGAUAUCCACGGUGGCGGUUUUGCUCUGAUGGACCCCUGGAGCGACGACAAGUUCUGUUCCGAGUUUGCCAACAAGAACAAAGUCUUGGUUGUUUCUUUAGAUUAUCCAAAAUCGCCAGCACAUCCAUACCCCGCCGGUGUGCAAGCCGCGACGGAUAUUGUAAAAGCAAUACUGGAAGAUGAUGCACUGCCCUUCGACAGACAGAAAGUUGCGAUUGGAGGGUUCAGUGCAGGAGCGAACUUCUCACUUGCUGUCAGUCAAGACGAAGGGCUCCAGAAAAAGCUCGGAGGUGUGGUGGCAUAUUACCCUCCAGUCAAUUGGACUACUACACUUGAGCAGAAACUCGCAACAAGGCCAAAAGAUGCACCACCAGAUGUCCUACUUAGCAUGGGACCUGCGUUCGAUUGGGCCUACCUUUCCCCAGGAACGAAUCUGGCAGACCCCCAGCUCAGUGUUGCAUUUGCUCCCCGAGAUAAAUUGCCCCCGAAGGUGUACAUCAUUGGAUGCGAACUAGAUAUGCUUUGUGGGGAUUCUGAAGUCAUGGCCCAGAAAUUGGCGAAAAUUGGCACUGGUCAGAGAGUUGGCACAGAAAACGUCUGGGUUCAGAAUGGGGUGAAAUGGGAGAAAGUCUUGGGAGAAGAACAUGGCAUGUGGAGAUCUGGGGUAUGGGGAUUUUUGCUAACAUGA